CGGCUGAGGCAGACAGGCGGCGGAGACGGCUCGACCCGGGCCGGGGUGGGCGGUGCAGUGUGAGGGACCAGGGGCCGCGGCCUGCCGCCGCUUGGCUGCCUUUGCCCCGCCGGGCUCGUCUCGGUCGGCUCCCGCAGCCGGUGGCCGGCGGGGGCGGGCGAGCGGCGUCUCCGGCGCGGGGUGUGCGUGAGGGGGGCGGCGAGGCCGGCGGAGCAGGCGGCAGGCUACGGCCCCGGGCGGGCUCUGUCCCGCGGGAGCUUCCAGCUCGCCGCGGGUAGAUGCCAGCGGAGGUUUCCACCCUGUGUGGUUCUUUGGGUUUGUUUUUUUCUUGAAAUGGUAGGGCUAGGAAAUAGCUGCCGAGGGAUGAAGUCUCCACCUCUCCUCGUGGCUGUGCUCGUGGCGUGCAUCAUUGUUUUGGGUUUCAAUUACUGGAUUGCAAGUUCUCGCAGCGCGGAUCUGCAGGGUCGAGUCAUGGAUCUGGAAGGCAAAGUCCGCAGGGCGGCAGCGGAGAGGGGCGCUGUGGAGCUCAAAAAGAAUGAAUUCCAAGGGGAGCUAGAGAAGCAGCGACAGCAAAUUGACAAAAUCCAAUCCUUGCACAGCUUUCAGAUGGAAAAUGUCAACAGAGUACAUCAGGAAGAGAAGGCAGUGCUGGUGACUAACAUCACAGUAAAUGAACAAUUGAUCCAGAGUCUACGAGAACACUUGAAAGAGUUACAGACAGAAUAUGGAAAGCUACAGAUGGAUGUUUACUGGUUUCAGAAGAACCAGACUAACCUUCAGAGGAAGUUCUCAUAUGACCUGUCACAGUGCAUCAACCAGAUGAAAGAAUUAAAAGAACAGUGUGAAGAAAGGAUAGAUGAGCUUACAAAAAAGGGUAGUGAUGUAGCACAAAUCAAAGAAAACAAAGACUUCUCAGAAGAUUCAAAAAAAAGUAGCCAGCUGCCAGCCUUGAAGCAAACAGAGUUCAAGCAAGCUGACUUGGAACAGCAGAAACACAAUGAAGAUGUACCUAAAGCAGUACCUACAGUAAAAAAGACAGACUCGCUGCAAGAUAAAGAAAGAAUAAACAGCCUAGCUGACAUCAGAAAACAGGAGCCCAAGGCAGAAGAGGAGAAGCUUUCUAGUGAACUGAAAAACCCACAGGAUUCAGUCAAGGCGACUGCAGGUCAUAAGGAAAUGCUGCCUCAGUCAGAGAAGGAGCUGAAGCCAUCUGAAGAUGAAAAACAUGUAGUGGAGCAAGAUGCGUCACAGCUGGCAGCAGAACAGGCUGCCAGUGAGGAAAUUGAGAGGGAGCAGCUCCUAAAUUACGAUGCGAAGCAGGAUGACUUGCCCCCCGGAAACCCUGACAAACAGGAACAUGAAGCACCGAACAAGGACAAGGAUGUUGAUUACAAUUUAGAUGAAAAUGAAGCUGAAUCAGAAACGGACAAGCAAGCAGCACUUGCAGGGAUUGAAAAUGUUCAAAACCCUGAAGAUACGAAGAACCACUUAUCUGAGCAAGGCGAAGAACGACAGAGGUUGUGAGCAAAGGAGGUUCAUGAUGCAACUUAGUCACCUCUUCAUAUAAACGUAGCAAUGAUGAGAGCAAAGUGAUCUGAG